GUGUAAUGGAAUAUCUACAUACAGGUCGACUGGUCUACCUCAGAAAACUCAGGACCGUUAUACCGAGGUAAACCUCUAAACGCGAGCCACGCCAGAGGGUGCAACCCAAGAUGGGACGGCGCCAGAUGGAGGAGCACCACCAGUCGAGUUUCCAUCCGGUCCACCACCACCACCCAUACCCUAAUUCGCGUUCGCUACGCCACCAUUCUCCGUCGGCGUCGAGGCAGGCGAAACGGUGAACUGCUGGGUAAGAUCCACCCCAAACGAAACCCAACCAAAGAUACCAUCCGCAAUGUGUCACCAAUCAACGAGUACUCCACCACGGGAUCCGACGUCGCCGCCUCCUCCGAAAAGAUAGAGUCCUCAGCAUUGGUAGUCAGCGGCUGCGUGUUCUCGCCAUACGCCGCCACCGUGUCGACCUGGGAGAUUAAGUCCUGGUCGAAGAAGAUCUGGCCGAUGUGCGAGGCGGUGUCGCCGCCGUAGGUGCUGUUGCUGAGGAUGGAGCCGCUGAAGUGGGCCAGGACGUGGAUGUGUGGGGCGCGGCCGGUGUAGUGGCCGGGGAAGACGGUGGUGCCUCCUUCGUCGAGAUGGACAAUCCCUGGCUUAUAUUAUGGAGGAGUUGAAGAAAGUGCCCCAGGAAUUGAGUAAAGUUUACGAGCAUAUUCUCAGCGAAGUUAUAGAGCUUCGAAAUCGGCCGAGAACCUUGCUUCUGAUGCAAUGGAUCUGCCUAGCAGAGUCCCCUCUCACUGUGGCAGAUAUACGGUUUUCUAUGGCGUCAGAUGACGCUUAUAUCGAUGAGCGACGGCAAUCUUGCAGCGAUUUGAAAGAUUUCGUGGGGAGUGAUGAGCGCAUGCAGAGAUUGAUCACCAGCAUAUCCGGCGGCUUAGUGGAGACUAUACGUCACAAGCACAAUGGUUUUGUUUGCGUUCAGCACAUUGAUCAACCCGUCAACGAUGGUUCUAUUGUACAGUUUAUUCAUCAAUCUAUUAAAGAUUUUCUCUUGUCAGGAGGACUGAAGUUUCUCGCCCAAUAUCAAUAUACCACGGCUCGGAUGACAACGAGAUCUCAUCGUCGGCAAUCAUUGGCCAAAGCCACGAUCGGUUAUACAUCGUGUAUCAACUACCUGAAACUUGAAGAUGUUUCCAUUAUAUAUGAUAGUUCUUUCCGCUAUCGAAUACGGGGCCCCUCUCAACCGUUUGUCCGAUAUGCCACGCAGUACUGGCUGGUGCAUGCAGAAGAGGCUGAACAGUGUGUAAGAUAG